AUGAAGAUUCAGUGCAACGCUUGUGAGGUAGCGGAGGCGGUUGUACUGUGCUGCGCCGACGAGGCGGCGUUGUGCCGGGAUUGUGAUCAGAAAGUUCACGCCGCCAACAAGCUCGCAAGAAAGCACCAGAGGGUUCUUCUCACUAACUCCGCCAAUGAAUUGCCCAAGUGUGACAUCUGUCAGGAAACAUUUGGUUAUUUCUUUUGUCUAGAGGAUCGAGCUUUACUUUGCAGGAAGUGUGAUGUUGCUAUACACACAGUAAACCCCUUGGUGUCUGCUCACAAAAGGUUUUUACUUACCGGAGUUAAAGUAGGCCUUGAAGCUGCAGAACCUGGUCCAUCUAUGUCCUUGGGGAAUUCCCACUGUAAUGAGAAAACGUCAGAAACAGAGAGACGGACAACCCAUGUGUCAUCAACAGGUCAGUUUGUCAAAGCUUUACCUCUCCAAGCCAAUGGUGGUGAUGGUUUUGUAUCAUCAAAGUUAUCUUCUGCUGGAGGCUCGGCAACUGGAGUUUCGCAAUGGCAGUUAGAUGAUUUUCUUUGUCCUGGUGAUUUCAAUCAGAACUAUAAUUUCAUGGAUAAUGGCUCAUCCAAGGCAGAUAGUGGGAAGCAAGGAUCAGAUUGCUCCUCAAGUUUUCAACCUGCAGUUGGAGACUUGGAUGACGAUGAGUGUUUAGGACAGGUGCCAGAUGCAUUUUUUAUGGUGCCACAAGUCCUUUCUCCACCUACAUUAUCGGGGCUUCACUGGUCUAAAACCUACCAGAACCCACCUGAUUCUGCUGUAUUUGUGCCUGAUAUAAGUUCGUCUCCCUUGCGAAACUUCCAACACUAUCCUCAACUGCAUGGGACUAACUCAAAACGGAGAAGGCAAUUCUGA